UGCAGCAAGGGAGCCGGGUUCGUCCAGGAGGCGGCGAAAAGAGUCAACGACUUCCUGAGCAGCGCCGCACAAGAAAUCGGCAUCAAGGAGUACUACUCGAUUCACAUUGGCACGCUCUGCGAGGGCUACUACGCGCCGAAGUUCAGCGAGACGAACGCCAAGCCCGAUGUCGAACGGUGCUCACAGAAGUUCUUCGUGGGCCAGACGGACCUCAGCAAGAAGCUCGACGAGGGGCUCCAACUCGGGCCGUUCCAAUUCAAUCUGACCCAACUGGAGCUCGUCCAGGGUAUUCAAGAUGCCUUUGACGACAUCCCAGAGAAGCUGGCGGCCAUGGCCUUCUUCUUCUUGUUUGCCACUCUGGCCAUGGUGGUCAGCUUCCUCCUGUGCGGCGCCUCGCUGGCAUUCAAGGACACGGUGCGCUUGCGGAAGCUUGCCCUGCUCGGCGCGCUUGGGUUCAUGGGCUUCGGGUGGCUCACCUCGCUCGUCGGCGCUAUGGGUGUGACGGUGGCGGCAGAGACGAUAAAGUCGAAGGUAAACGAGCACGGCAAGAAAGUUAACAUCUCGGCCUCGACGAGCCCCGCUCUGUACGGCCUCGUCUGGACCAGCGUUGUCUUCUCCACCAUCACGCUUGCGCUGUUGGGGGUAGCCUGGUGGCGCAAUCGGAGCGGCAGGGGGUUGGUGGCGCAGCAGCAGUAUGCCGAGAAGAACCAGUCGGGCAGCACUAUGCAGAUGGAGGACUCGCACGGGUGGGCCCAGAUGCCGCCGGCCGGGGGCCAGGGGCCGAUGACGGAUGUUCGUUUGUAG